AUGGUCAAAUUGAUUAGCUCCUCCGUAUUCCGGCCCGUCGUCCUCUCCAAUGCCGCCCACCUUGUGAGGCCCCGCCUGGCCCUACGAUGUUACGCGACCCAGCAGAGCUUCAACUCUGAAGCUAAGAGGAAAGCUGUAACGCCCUUCAACGACGAUGGGAAUGUCCCCUGGACUCAGCUUUCGGUCGGCGAGAAAUCCGCAAGAGCUGCCCAGCAGACAUUCAACUUUGGCAUGGUUAUUGUUGGCGUUGUCCUCACUGGCGGCGUGGCAUAUUUCCUAUUCAAGGAAGUCUUCUCUCCCGACAGCAAGAUCUCAUACCUCAACCGCGCCAUCAGUAGGAUCAAGAAGGACCAAAGAUGCCUGGAGUUGCUUGGCGACAGCAACAAGAUCACUGCGUAUGGCGAGGAAACAUGGAACAAGUGGAGGAGAGCAAGGCCCAUUGCCUCAACCACCACCAAGGAUGCGCAGGGCAAUGAGCAUCUGCGGAUGCAUUUCAAUGUUGAAGGCCCCAAGGGCAGAGGAAAAGUAAACAUGCACCUCACCAAACGUUCCGGCCGAUCCGAUUACGAGUACCAGUACUUCUUCGUCGACGUGGCUGGUCACCAGAGGAUCUACCUUGAGAAUGCCGAUGCAUCAUCGUCCGAUAAGGGAGACAAGCAAGGAUUCAAGUUAUUUGGUGUCAAGUGGGGUUGA